CGGUUUCUUCCAAAGAUAGCGGCUGCCAACGAGCUGCUCAAAGACAUGCCGGAUUCAUGUCGAUUAGACGCGGACUUGAAAGUGGUCGGCGAUGACGACGAAAUUUCGCUCUCUCAACAGCAACCGGAAGGUCCUCUCAUUGAGAUGGCAAGAAUUUGA